ACAGACAUUCGGUGCAGAAGAAGUUGGAAGGAGAGUUACACGGUAAGCGAACAGCAUAAUGAAUCCGCUCACCAGAAAUAGUUGAACAGUGAUAGAGUGCAUAUUUCCGCAAUUUUCGUCUGACAUCCGAUUGAAUUUAGAAAAAAAAAGGAUAUAACAACAUGUCGAAGCCAAUUGCAGCUUUGUUAAUUUGUGCUUUUACAGUGAGUGUUGUGUUAGCACGACCUGCUGGUAACGAAUUGGACAAUGUUUCCGUAGAUGACCCAUCGCUCAAUAUUGUAGAUCCUGACAAACGUCUUCCCAUAAACAGCGACGCAGAUAAAAACAGUGCUUCAGUUCAAAUAACAGGCAUUAGCACAGGGAUUGAUUCACCACCUUCCAAUGGUGACUUCAAACCACAAAGGGCUGGAACUAUGUUUGCCAGAUUCAUCGAUGAUAUUUUCAAUAUUCCUAUAACUGUUCUCCAAUCUGUGGCCAAGUUAAUAACAAAUCCAUUCAACACUAAGAAUCAAACACCAGAAAAACAGUGAACACCUAUUUAGUUUUUUUUUAGUGUAGCGAAGAUGUUUAUUUUUAAGCAAUAUUUUUGUAUAAAUUUGUACUAUAUCCAUUGAACAAAUUAGCACUACAAGUAUUUAGUAUAUUUGAAAUCUUUUGUACAAAUAUUUGCAAUUUGUACAUGCAUUUUAAUUAACUCUUUGAAAUAAAUUACAAACCUUCAAAAACAGGA